UGGAUAGAUGGAUCGGGAUGGAUGGAUCGGGAUGGAUGGAUGGAUGGAUGGAUCGGGAUGAAUGGAUGUCGGAUGGAUGGAUAGGGAUGGAUGGACCUGGAUGGAUGAUCGAAAUGGAUGGAUGGAUGGAUCUGGAUGGAUGGAUGGAUGGAUGGAUGGAUGGAUGGAUCUGGAUGGAUCUGGAUGGAUGGAUGUCGGAUGGAUGGAUAGGGAUGGAUGGACCGGGAUGGAUGAUCGAGAUGGAUGGAUCGGGAUGGAUGGAUCGGGAUGGAUGGAUCGGGAUGGACGGAUGGAUGGAUGGAUCGGGAUGGAUGGAUGGAUGAUCGGGGUGGAUGAACGGACCGGAAUGGGUGGAUCGGGAUGGAUGGAUGGAUGGACGUGGAUGAGUCAGGAUGGAUGGAUAAAUCUGGAUGGAUCGGUGAUGAAUGGAUGGACCGGGAUGGAUCGUAAUGGAUCGGAAUGGAUGGAUGGCUCAGCCUGGGAUGAUGGAUUGAGAGGUGGAGAUAUUGAUGAACUUGCCGCGGUGUACAAGGACCUGCGUAGGGAUGGUUUGCCGGUAAACGAGUUCGUAGUGACGUCAAUGAUUAGCGGGCUGGGUGCUGUGGGCCGAGUACUGGAAGCAGAGAGGAUUUUUAAGGAGAUGGAGAGUAAUGGUUGUACCGGCAACGUCUUCACGUAUAAUGCACUGAUAGGAAUGUACGCGAGAAACGGGGAGCUUGAGAAAGCUGAAAGAACCUUUCGAGCGAUGAAGAGGAGGGGACUGCAUCCAAGCGUCGUGACAUACUCGUCUCUCAUGUCUGCAUACGCAAGGAAGGGACUUUUCGACGAGGCGAAAGUGGUCUGUCCGUUGUGUCAUGCAGAGCCACCGCCGCGCAAGCAGGGGGGGGCGCGCUCUCGAAUUUGCCUCCUGGCACGGGGUAAAUUAGUUAGGGGCAGCGGGGUCCGCUGUGGGAUGGUGAGGACCGUUGAUCUGGCGCUCUUGCCAGAGGCCGCGUGGCGGGCUGCGAUCACGACGAUGUUGCUUGCGGCGGCGGCGACCCGUCGGGCGUCGUCUCCCAUCACCCUUUGCGGCUGCUGCUGCUGGGCGAUCUACAAGCUGAGCGGCAACAAAGGGUCCGCGGUGUCAGUACUUGAUGGGAAAUUGUCGUGGCGGGAGGUUCAGAGGCGCUUCCUUGUGGCGGCGGCCUCGGGGAGCGCUUGCGCCGAUGAGGGGUCGACGGCGGGAGCGGAAGAUCGGAGCUACCGAGGGACCACGUCCAGGCCGGCGAAGUUGGAAACCAGGAAGGGGGGGGUAUGGAUGGCGCGCAGUUCGGGAAGGGAGGCGGGGGAGGCGGAGGCGGCAGUGGCUUUGCCUCCUUCUGGCGGGAGCCCGCUACCUGUGCAGAGAGCAGGGGAUCGAACUCUCCUCCUUCUGGGGGAUGAGAAGGCAACAAGAGAGAAACUGCGGCAAGAAGGGACGCUGGAGGAGGGUGGGAGGUUCUACAGCGGCGGCGGUGGAAAGGCAGCGGAGGGUUCGCUGACAGAUGUGUCUGACCCGGUUAUGUGGAGGGCGGGACGGAGGGAUGCAUCAGCAGCACGGGAGGGGGAGGAUCCCCUCCGGGUAAGAAGAGGGCUGGUGCCUGAAGAAGCAGCGGUCAGAUCAGGGAAGGGUUCGAUGGGAGAGGGAGGUGACUGUGCUAGGGGUAGCCAGGGAGAAGAGGGGUUGUUGCAAGUACAAGCCGGGUCGUUGAUUGGAGAUCGACGGCGGCGGGGCGAAAAGCGCGAAGACUGUCGUCGUCUAACGGCUGCCGACGAUGGUGCAAGCGAAAGCAAUGGAGAUCGGGGAUUGAAGGAGAGGGAGGAGGGUCUUAGGCAGGCGGAGACGGUGGGGAGUUUGCAAGCGGGAAGAGGCAUGUCGGGAUCUGUAGGGCGGAGGCGGAUAUCCAGCGGAAACCAGCGGAAUCCAGCGGGCGAAGGGGACGUAGCAGACGUGGCAGCAGAGGAGAGAACUGCAGGGCGAGACGAUACGUCGAUGGCGGGAAUUGCUGAAAAUGAAAAAAGAGAGAAGCCAUGGAGGAGUAUGAAGGAGGACGAGAUGGAGAGGCGGCUAGAGAAGCGGCGGGAGGAGGUGGACCUCCUCGUGAAAGAGAUCUAUCGGAAUGGGGUGACUGCGGCCCUUGACACGUGGCACGAUCGUCUGAGAAGGGAGAUGCACGGAAGGCCUGAAGAAGGAGAGAACUCGGGCGAUAAGAAGUUUGCUGAGCGGGCAGAAGCAGAGGAGGAGGGAGAGAGGGAGACUGUCGGGGAGCAUGGCGAUGGCGGCGGCGGCGGAGGAGAAAGAAGAUUAGAAGUAGUGCGAGCAGCAGCAGCGGAAGUGGAGGGGGACAGGGCAGAAGCUGCGGAGGAGAGGAGGGUGAGGAGUAGUAUACCUUAUGGGAGAGUGGGCCGGCAGUUAAAUCGAGUAGCGGGGUUAUUGGGAGAGAAGGGAGACUGGAGAGGGGCGCUGGAACUUGUCCGUUGGAUGGAGGAGAGAGGGUGGCUGAUGAGAGAUCCGCAUGUAUUGACGACCGUGGUCGAAAUUCUGGGCAAGCAUGGUAGAGCAGAUGAGGCAGAAGAAGUGUUUGUCAUAGCUAGACGAAGAAUAGGAGGAGGAGAAGGAGGAGGAGAAGGAGGAGGAGAAGGAGGAGGAGAAGGAGGAGGAGAAGGAGGAGGAGGAGAAUCAACGACGGUGGAAGGUGAAGGAGCAGGAGGACAAGAGGAGAGGAGCUCAGCUCGGGACAACGGCACAGGACCAAGGAGGAGAGGGAGGAGGAGAAGCGGAAGGAGGAGGAGCGAUGGCCGCGCACAAGUGGGUGGAGGGGGUGCGACUGCGAUCGACACAGCGUUUAUCAAUGCAAUGAUGACAGCCAGGGUGCGUUGUGGUAGGCAUACGGCGGCUCUGGAGUUAUUUAAAGAGGCAGAGACUUGGCGGCGGGGUGACGGCGGAGAAGGAGAGGGGACGGGGGAGGGGGAGGGAGAGGGUAUGCUUGACACUACGUCAUUUAACGUGGCUUUGGACGCAAUUAUGAAGGGGUGUCUGGGGGUAGAAAGAGGGGAGCAGUUGCUGGAAGAAAUGGUCGCCAGAGGACACAGACCGGAUGUGUUCACGUACCACUCGUUCCUUGGGAUCUGUGCAGAGGAGUUAGAGCGGAUUGAUAGAGGAGAUCGCGAAGAUAACCGGCGGCGCAGUCGAGCGAUUGAAGCGGCUUCUCGGAUUUACGAAGAGAUGGUGAAUAACGGAAUGGACCGGACCAUAGUCACAUACGGGACGAUGAUCAAAGUCUUCGCCAAGGCAGAAAGCACAGAGAGCGGUGUUUCCAAGGACGAGGUAAGAGAAAUGGAUGCACUGAAGAUGGAACUGCAGGAGAAGGAUGCAGAAAUGAAGAAAGUGCUGGAACGUCUCGGAGAUGCGACGAAUGCGGACUCGAAGUUGAAGUCUGAACUGGAGGAGAAGGAUGGGGAGUUGAGAAGAAUGGGGGAGGAGUUGGAAGUGCUCAGAAGAGGAGUGAAAGAGUCUGAAGAGCGGGUAAAGAGGGAUGUGGAGGAGAAAGAUGCGGAGAUCAAACGGAUAUCUAAACUGUUAGAAGAGAGGAAAUGCGUGGAAGACUCGAUGAAGAGAGAAAUGGAGGAGGGGAAGGGGAGGUUGAAAGGGGUUCUCGAAAGCUUGGAAGCGGCGAAGCGAUCGCAAGAGGCGUUGCAGAGAGAACGCGACGAAGGCGACGCCGAGCGAAAGUUGAUGGCCAAACAGUUGGAAGACGGCAAACGGGAGGAAGAGUCGUUGAAGAGGGAAGCGGAGGAGAGCCAGGCACAAUUGAAAGGGCUUCUCGAAAGCUUGGAAGCGGCAAAGCGGUCGCAAGACGCAAUGCAGAGAGAACGUGAAGAGGGCGAUGCAGGGUGGACGUCGAUGGCUGAACAGUUGGAAAACAGCAAACGUGCGGAAGAGUCGAUGAAGAGAGAAAUGGAGGAAGACCAGGUGCUGAUGAAAGAAUUGCGUGAAAGCUUGGAAACAAUGAAGCUGUCGCAAGAGGCAUUGCAGAGAGAACGCGAGGAGGAAGAUGCAGUUUUGAAGUCGAUGGCUAAACAGUUAGAGGACAGCAAACGUGUGCAAGAGUCAAUGAGGAGAGAAAUGGAGGAGGGAAGGGGGCGAGUGAAAGAGCUUCUCGAAAGCUUAGAAAUGGCGACGCGAUCGCAAGAGUUACUGCAGAGAGAACGCGAUGAGGGCGAAGCAGAGUGGAAGGCGAUGGCUCAACGGCUGGAAACUGCGAAAUGUGCAGAAGCAGCACUGAGAAAGCAAGUGGAGGAGAACUCCUGGGAGCUCAAGAGACUCACUGAAGAGCUGGGGGUGGCAAGGCAGGAUGGAAAAGCAAAGAAGACGGAACUCGACAAGGGGAGUGCAGAGUUGAAAAAAAUUGUUGAAGAGUUGGACAGACUGAAGAAAGCAGAGACAGAAGCAAGAGAGGAGGCGAAGGAAUCGGCGGCGGAUGCAGCGAAGUUGAGGAGGGUCAUCGGGGUGUGGAAGACGGAGGUGGACAAGUUGCGAGAAGUGUCAGCGAAGUCAAAGGCGGACGCGGAGAGACGGAUCGAAGCGGAGAACAGACUGAACGAACUGGAGAAGGAAGCCGUCUCUCUGAGGAGGCAGUUGGAGAAGCAGAAAACGGAGACUGCAGCAACGGCACAAGCAGAGGCAGCGGCAUCCAGGGAGUUGAGCCAGAAGGCUGCAGAAAUAAGCGAACUUAGUCGAAAACUGCGCGAGCAUCAAGCAAUCGCAAAGGAGAAGACCGACAGAGCAGAUCAGCUAGCGACCGAACUCGCCGAAGCUCAGAAGAAAAUGGCGACGGAAAUCAAGAUGCGAGAUGACAAGUACAAUGAAUUGGAGGCAAAGCUCCAGCGACUUCAUGCGAGGGCAAAGCAACGUAUUCAAGAAGUGACUAAGGAGAAGGAAGAUGCGGAAGCCAAAGUGGUUAGCGCAGGCGAGAAGUGUGCACAGGCCUUGUCAACGUCGGCAUCUCUGCAAGACGAACUUGACCGGAGCAAAGCCAUGGCCGCGGAGGCAGCUCGGAAUGCAGCGAAAGAGAGAGAGGAGCACAAGAAAGCAAAUGAGGGUGAAGCCUGGUCCUACACCUGCGGAACANUGGGGUUCGGGCGUGUGUGCACGUCCCGCAUGCUGAUGCGGUCUGGAACAGUGAAGCCUGGUCCUACACCUGCGGAACAGGCAGAGAUAGAUCGUAAGUUGGCAGAGAAGAAAAAGGAGAGAGAAGCAAAGAAGAAACAGAAAGAAGAAGAGGCAAGGAAAAAGAUGAAGGAAAAGAUGGAGAGAGAGUUGGAGGAAGAAUUGAAAAGUAUAGAAGAAGAAGAUCAAGAAGAACAAGAAGAAGGAGAAGUGUUGGAAAGACGUCGUCGCCAAGACAUAUCGGAAAGCAGUACCACGACCCGCCUUCCCGUUGAACCGUUGGACUGGGGUAGCCAAUACUACUACUCCAGCGAGCCGUUAAAAGAAUUUGAUGAAGAACGGGAUACGUUCAUCGCCAAGUUGGCCACUAUUAAAGACACCGUUGAACGAAACCUGAUGUUGGAGAAGAAACGGGCUGAGCUAAAUCGCAGGCUGUUGGCCGCUAGACGGCAAGAGGUGGAAGAAAAGAAGAGAUUGCAGGCAGAAGGGGAUAAAUUGCAGAAAGCUCUAGAAGCGCAAAAGGAAAACCCCUCUGCAACUGAAGCACAACUUGCACUCCUCAGGGAGGCCGUCCUCAACACGAGGCAAGACAUGGACUUAAUGCGGCAGACCUUGCAACGUGUAAAAACACAUCGGGUUGAAUUUGAGAAUGUCUGGAAUAACUUCGUAGAAAAGUCAGCAAAGGACGUUGACCAACAUGUGCAAACUUACAUCCAGGCUUUGGACGAACAUAUUAAUAAAGUCUUCACCCCGGAGGUCGUAGAAAAGAUUGUAAAGGGAGCUGGAGGCGACGGAGGAGAUGGAGAUGGCGACGACGAUGAUGACAAGAAAGGAAAGAAGAAGAUUGAGGAUUCAAAGGGCCAACCUUCCCAGGAACCCGGGCAGACUAAUAAGAUUAAGCUUAAACUGCCAUGGACUUACAAUGUACAGAAAGAAGAGAGUGUGUUGCACUGGGCGGCGGCAAUUGAAACUUAUGUGUAUGGACAGCGAAUUCCAUACUGGGACAGGGUAUUGAUGGCAACCUCGUGCAUGGGAGGCGACGCCAUGAGCUUCGCCAUCUCGCUGCAAAAAGAGGCGGGAUGCAGCUCUAUGGUAGAGUAUUCACAACAAACCCGUAUUGAGGAUUCCCUUAAAGCGAUAAGAGAGAGAUUUGAGGACAAGAACCUGGCAAGGCGCACAUAAAUGUUGAUCCUAAGCCUCCCCGAUAG